UCCCGCGAAACGUUGCCAACUCCACUAGAAAUUUCUCUCUGAAAAUGAUGGCCUCAAUAUCAGCCAUCGGAUCGCUUCCUCGGCAUUUUCCGGCUAACUCUUCCACCGCAUGUCCGCCGCCACCGCCACUCUCGAGCCUGCACAUUGUUUGUCGGAGUCUUUCCGAAUCAUCAAGCUCUUUCGUGGAAGCUUGGAGCGCACAGAGAGGCAUCCUGAUUGAUCGGAGACAGUUGAUGAUGUCUUCAAUGGGACUAUUGGCAGCGUCGGCUUUCAGUUAUCAAAGUGGUGAAGCUUCCAUUGCAUCUGAAUUCGCUGACAUGCCAGCUUUGCGUGGAAAGGAUUAUGGCAAGACAAAGAUGAAGUAUCCUGAUUACGAAGAAACAAAUUCAGGUCUCCAGUAUAAGGACUUGCGAAAAGGCACUGGCCCCAUUCCAAAGAUAGGAGAAAUCGUCGUGGUCGAUUGGGAUGGUUUCACCAUUGGUUAUUAUGGCCGGAUAUUUGAAGCUCGCAACAAGACAAAGGGUGGCUCGUUCGUUGGUGAUGACAAAGAGUUCUAUAAGUUCAGAUUAGGAUCGCAAGAGGUCAUCCCGGCGUUUGAGGAAGCUGUAUCAGGCAUGGCUCUUGGUGGCAUACGAAGGUGAUGAUAGUUGUCCCCCCCUGAACUAGGAUAUCCUGAGAAUGACUUCAACAAGAAAGGUCCAAGGCCAACAACUUUCUCGGGUCAAAGGGCGUUGGAUUUUGUGCUGAGGAACCAAGGAUUGAUAGAUAAAACUCUCCUCUUCGAUAUCGAGCUCCUCAAAAUAAUCCCAAAUAGAAGCUAAGAUGUGUUGGAGUUGCGGUCAUUGAAACCAUCUGAUUUUGUACUUGACAAUUUUAUGAUAUUUUGGUGGUAGUUUUUAAUAGUGGAAA